AUGUCGUGGAGUAGUCCCGUGUUGUUGUGUGUAUUUAUAGUAAUGUUCUUUGUUUGUACGGAUUCGGGUUGCGUCGGGAAGUCGUUCGUUAAGGCUUCCAGUAAACAGAUCAUCGGAUUACGUAAACUGAUCGUAGUCGAUGUCGCCGGGCCUCCGUCGAGCUCGGGGGAUACUGCCCGCCUUGUAAUGGGAACGAUCUUGUCAACAAGUAGUAUCGUCGUUAAUCUGAUAAAGACAAAGAACUACUUAAAUAUAAGUGUGACGUGUUGUGCUGCGGUAACGUGUUGCUGGGUCACAUUACAAGCAACUUGUAACAUUCGAGCAGUUUGUUGUUAA